AUGGCCCACUUUCUUCACGGUGUCGGAGCCACCCCCCUCUUUACUAUUGGUGUUUCGUACAUUGACGAAAACGUCGGCAAAGCGUUAUCGUCGUUAUAUGUUGGAAUUUUCUAUUCUUUCGCUGUGUUCGGGCCUGCUGCGGGCUUUCUUUGUGCGGGUUCUUUUUUGACGUACCAUACCGAUUUUUGGCAUCUUCCAGCUGAACAGAUUUUAAGGGUGAGCGGGGACGAAACGGAUCCAUCGUGGGUCGGAGCUUGGUGGCUCGGUUUUGUUCUUGGCUCUGUGCUAGCAUUAGUUGCCGUAAUUCCAAUCGUUUGCCUACCCAAGGUUCUUCCUGAAUCUUUAAAGUGGCAUAGAAAUCGGCUCGUGGAGACUUCACAAACAGCUAGAAGACGCACUCCUGAGUGUUGUGGCCUUGCUGGCACGAAUAAAACUGCAGCUCUAUAUAGAGAUGCUCCGUCACAAGGUGUCUACAUUAGAAAAGUAUAUAAUGUAUUUGUUCUGCUUAUAGAAGACUCUACGCUAUUGCUAACAACAAUUGCCCAUCGUGGAAGAGGACCACUUUGGUAUAAACUUUGGUUGGAUGUUCGACAUAUACCAAUUGCGAUCUAUCGUAUCUUGACCAACGCUCCAUUUAUGUUGAUCACUCUUGCCAUGGCAAUUGACAGCCUAAUUGUUACGGGUACGUCCUCGUUCAUGUCAAAAUAUCUAGAGCGACAGUUCAGUGUCCCACCAAGUAAUUCCAACUUCCUCAUUGGAUGUAUCAUGGUUCCAAUGGCUGGAGUUGGUUGUAUGAUUUCCGGUUUCAUUGUGCAGUACUUCCGAUUGAAUUGUGUGACGACACUCAAACUAGCGGUGGGAUUGCUCUUCUUUUCCUUAAUACUUACUCCGAUGUAUCUCAUCUAUUGCCCACAUGAUCCACUGAUUGGAGUUGAAACUACUUAUCCUGAUCGAGACGGCCAUAUCUCCAUUGGUAAUUAUUCUGAUAUAGAACCGACACUGCGAAGUGCAUGUAAUUCGCAUUGUCUGUGUAGUGAAGCUGAGUUCCACCCGGUUUGCGCAGAGUUUCGGGAUGGACGGCAGCUUUCGUACUACUCACCAUGUUUUGCUGGGUGCUCGGAAGCUUAUUCCCCUAUGCAGAAGUUCUAUUCCAAUUGCUCCUGUGUCAUCGAAACAUCGCGUCUUCAUCUACGUCAAGUCAAGAAAGGAAUAUGUCAGUCAAAAUGCAAAGGUCUCUUUGGUUUCCUUGUUAUCUUCGCUCCGCUGUCACUUUGUACAUUUGGAGUUGGUGUGCCAAUCAUAUCGGUGAUAUUGAGAACUGUGGACUACAAUGAAAGAUCUUUUGCACUAGGGAUACAGGGUAUCCUUGUGCGAGUAAUCGGAACCAUUCCGGCACCGGUGUUGUUUGGUUGGAUGUUUGAUGUGAGUUGUAUCCGAUAUCAAUCGGAACCUUGCGGUGAUUCGAGUGGGAGCUGCUUGCUCUAUUCAAAUAAACUGCUUGCUGAUCUUUUCCUUACAUUCUCUAUCAUCGGACAGGCUCUGGCGAUGGUAAUUCUUACUUGCGUGUUGAUGGUCUACGGUGGAACCUUGCAGGACGAUCCGCUACCUGAUAUUCCGCUGAAAGAGGUAGAUCAUAUCAUGGAAGAUGGUGAGAAGACGCAGACCGAAACGGCAGCGCCUCUUCUUCAGUAG